AUGGCUACAAUCCUCUUCAACGAAGGACACCCAGGACCAAAAUGCGCUCAAGAUGGCCCAACCAAAAAACAGCUUCUAAACAACAUCAUCGGCGGCAUGGCCCGAACACGACCUAAUGCACUUUGUGCCGUAGUACCCCUCUCAUCCACCAGUUACUCCGAAGGCUUUCGGAAAGUGAUUUAUUCCGCGCUUGCGAAUACCGUGAAUGGGAUUGCGUGGUGGUUAACUGAGCAGCUUGGUUCUGGGUUUGGAAAGGAUUUUCCCACUAUUUGCUUCAUGGGUUGGAAUGAUCUGAGAUAUGUUACUAUGGUUUUGGGGGCUGUGAAAGCUGGCAAAACUUUCAAGGAGGCCGAGAAUGAACCUCUAGUCUGUCUUCACACGUCUGGAACGACUGGUUUACCGAAACCUGUUAUCUAUUCUCAAGACUUUGUAGCGACAUAUAUGAGAAUGGCGCAACUAGCUUCCCCUGAGGGUUCCGAAUCGAGAGAAAAAGAGUACCAAGGCACACGAGUUUUUAUGAAUCUUCCACCAUUUCAUGCACGCAUCAAGCGUAAACGCACUAUCCGAAUCACUAGCCAAUCAGAACAUCGUCGUAUCUCCUCUACCCAUGGAACGAGCUACCGCCUUAUCGCUAGUCGAGAUUAUGAAACACACACCAGUAGACGUACUAUGUGCACCUCCAUGGAUGGUGCACGAGAUCGCUACCAAUCCCGAAAUCUUAGAAGAAUUGGUAGCCCGGAAACUCGACGCUAUAUGAUAUGGCGGCGGCGAUUUGCCACAACAAAAUGGCCGGCGGAAGAUUGGAAAUAUCAAUGUACUCAUCCUGCUGCAGGUUUAGAAUAUCGGAUUUUCUCAGAUGAUCAGCUUUAUGAAGCUGUCAUCGUACGAAAUUCAGAUACUGAGUUUGAACAACAAGUGUUCAAACUCUAUCCGGCUUUGAAGGUGUAUUCUACCAAGGAUCUAUUUUCUCCUCAUCCCACAAAGAAAGAUUUAUGGACAUACCGCGGGCGUACAGGCGAUAUGGUUUUGGUGGUUGUAGAUAACGUGGCAACCCGUCCAUUCAACCCGCAAAUUAUGGAACAUGCAGUGACAGACCAUCCUGAUGUCAAGGAUGAAGUUAUGGUUCCUGCUGGAAAGUUUUUUGUUGAGAAAUUUGUAACGGAAACGGCCCUUCUUGUUGAUCUCAAAGAUAGUAUUGAUGCGACAGCGCUUGGCUAUAAAGAAAGGCUAACUGAAGAAAUUUGGUUUAUUGUUGAUGGUAUCAAUGAGAAAUACCGAGAAGAAGCUUGGGUGCGGAAAGAAUGUAUCAUUAUUACCACACCACAGAAGCCUCUUCCGAGAAACCCGAAAGGUUCUAUUUAA